CUCGUCUUGAUGACAGCAAUUAAUGGGUGCGCCUGGGGACUUCACGCGAGGCGCUCAGAAGAUAUUUACUAAUCUUCAUCAAGCACACUUUUUGUCCGAAGGUUCCGGAGAAGACGAUCUCUCAGGUCGUCAAAUUCUCAUGACAACUUUGAGGCUCCUGACUCUGAAGGCAAUACAUUCAGUUUUCCAAAUCAAGCCUCUCAUCGGAUGCAUCGUUUGACCCCUUUCCCAUCGAUUUAUCGCCCUGAUCGCAGAGUCAAUGCUGCGGAUACUGAUUCUGCCGGGCGCAGAACUGGAGGGCCUGAUGAUCCAGAUUGGGAUGGGAAAGAUAUACUUCCUGCCUACAAUAAAUUUGAUCGCCCUCCCAAGUACGACCUCGGUGGAGUGCUACCCGCUCAAGGAUCAUCUGCUGGGAAUCACCCACACAACGACACAGUUAUGGCAAGCACUGAAGCCAUUCCUGUUGUAGAAGAUCAAUCCGUGGCUUCUGCAAGCACUGAUCCCUCUGACGGAGAUGAUUCCGCUCUGUCUGCGCCGCGCCACGAGGCACCUAACUAAUGUUAUAAUUCGUAAUCGUUACAUUACUGCACAGACUGUCUCAGACUCUGGACUUCAGCUAUUGUAUACUUUACCUCCAGAUAAUCUUUACGUUUUCUCUAACACGAUUCUACGGGUUGUAAUGCAUCACUGGUUCCUUCUGUUCCGUAUUCAUCAGACAUUACACCUAAAGAAGAUUUAUCUUGAGCUAAACCCCAUCCUUGUUUCGAACUAACACCCACUGCUCCAAUCUCCCUUGCUUACGGAUGAAGCCCUUUCAAACUCCACAUACUCGCCUCUUCUCCUUCCCUCACCCAUCCCAUGUAAUCUGC